AUGUAUAAAUUUUCUUAAACCAAAUUUUGGGAGAAAGAGAGAGAGAGAGAGAGACAUUAUGUAGCAUAUAAGAAACCAAAAAUCGUACCUUUCACCACUCACGCACACCUGCAACAAAUACAAAGACCCCGCCACAAACUCUCGCUCUCUCAAACUCCCCUGCAACACCAACGCAUUCAAAUCCCAAAUCCAACAAAAAAAAAAUAUACAUUCCAUUCGAUUUCAGUUCUCCAAUUCGUAGUUUCACCAAAAACCAUGCUCAUUCUCCUACCCUUCGUUCUUCUUCUUCAACUCCACACCACCUUCUGUUUCUCUGCUCCAAAACCAGAAACUCUAAUCCUACCCCUCAAAACACAAACCCUCCCUCAAGGGUACCUCCCAAAAUCCACCAACAAGCUCUCCUUCCACCACAACGUCACCCUCACAAUCUCCCUUUCGGUCGGCUCACCGCCGCAGCAAGUCACCAUGGUCCUUGACACCGGCAGCGAGCUCUCCUGGCUCCGCUGCAAAAAAGCUCCCAACUUCAACUUUGUUUUUAACCCUCUCGCAUCCAAGUCCUACUCCCCAGUCCCCUGCUCCUCUCCUGUCUGCCGGACCCGGACUAGCGACUUCCCCAAUCCCGUUUCCUGCGACCCGAAAAAGCUCUGCCACGCCAUUCUCUCCUACGCCGACGGUUCCUCCAUCGAAGGCAACCUCGCAUUGGAAACUUUCAAUCUCGGGUCGUCAGCCCAACCCGGUACGAUAUUCGGGUGCAUGGAUUCCGGGUCCAGUUCGAACGCCGACGAGGACGCCAAGACAACCGGGUUAAUGGGCAUGAACCGCGGGUCAUUGUCCUUCGUAACACAGAUGGGAUUUCCGAAAUUUUCCUACUGCAUAUCGGAUCGCGACUCGUCCGGUAUUUUGCUUUUCGGCGAAGCGAAAUUCGGUUGGCUCAAACCGUUAAAUUACACCCCUCUGGUUCAGAUAUCGACACCAUUACCGUACUUCGACCGGGUCGCGUACUCGGUCCAGCUGGAAGGGAUCCGGGUUGGAGGUAAGGUGUUACCACUCCCGAAAUCGGUUUUCGUACCGGACCAUACCGGGGCGGGUCAAACAAUGGUCGACUCGGGGACCCAGUUCACUUUCCUACUCGGUCCGGUUUACACCGCGCUGAAAAACGAAUUCGCUCAGCAGACCAAACCGGUUCUGAAAACUUUGGACGACCCGAAUUUCGUGUUCCAAGGAGCGAUGGAUUUGUGUUUCCAAGUCCCCACGAACCGGCCGAGCCUGCCCGAGUUGCCGACAGUGACGCUGAUGUUUCGGGGGGCCGAGAUAAGCGUGUCGGGGGAGAGGCUGCUGUAUCGGGUGGCGGGAAUGGUGAGGGGCGGGAAUCAGGUGUAUUGCUUCACAUAUGGGAACUCUGACUUGCUGGGCAUAGAGGCGUUUGUGAUUGGUCAUUAUCAUCAGCAGAACCUGUGGAUGGAAUUUGAUUUGGAGAAAUCUAGGGUGGGAGUGGCUGAGGUUAGGUGUGAUCUUGCUGGUCAAAAGCUUGGCCUAGGUGCUUAAGUGGGACCCGGGCUGGGUCUGAGCUGGCAAAGUUUUGGUGACUUACAAAUCAAUACGAUAAGGUGAAGGUAUUUCAAACCAAUGACGUCCUCGGACAUGAGUGGUGAAGGGUAAGACUUGUCUCAUUGGGUGAUUGUGUGGACCAUGGUGGGCCGAACAAAGUUGUUGGUACUAAGAUAGGUGGCCCAUUUUGUUCAGAUAUUAUGUGGUCAUGGGGAUUUGCGUAAAUAUUAAAAAUUAGGUGGUACUUUGAAUAGUUUAACUUUUCUGUUUUAGUAAUUUUGUAGUUUAUUUUAAUUUUUUAACAGUGAGAUUCUGUAACUCUGUGUUGGGCAAUGAAGAUGUAUUUUAGUGA